CCAUUUACUUUGCAUUCAUUCACUCAAAGUAAUCCAUAUACGACAACUUUCAAGAAGCAAUCACUGGAAGUUCUUCUGUCUCUAAUAUAGGAUCUCGAGUUAGAAACUUGCAACUUUCCUUUUAUUAUCACUUACAUCCAUCAACUUUCAACCCUCCAACUCUACUACUUCAACCAUGUCGUCAUCUAUUACGAUUCCGACUAGCAGAAAUUCUAAUAAGGCUACUACCACGGCGAGCCCAAGCAGCUCAUCUUCAUAUUCAAGCUCUCCCACAAAAUCGCAAAGAUCACCGUCGUCAAGCACUUCCUCCCCAAGUACUCGAUACGGACAUGAUCGGAGAAGGAGUCUUUUAAGUAAGUGCUUAUCUUUGUUGUUGCUUACAAACUCGUUUUGAGAAGAUAGGAGUAAUGGCCAGAUGGGCUGUUACUGAAGCUUGACGGGAUUAUUACUCUCAUCUCAAAAGGCAGAGGAUUUAACUAAAAUAUCUACAUCAGGUACGGCACUUGCAAAGGAAGAACAUACUACGAUUAACAUUGGGGAUCCUGACGGUACUCCAAGACUUGUGCGUCAUCCUACCAGCUGGAAAUCCUACAAUAACUUCUAUGUACUAACAAAUACUGUUUUACAGAUCACCUGUGUUCGUUCUUCACAAGGGUUUGAUUGGAAUCCUGGUAAGAACGCCAUAUGUUUUUCCUUUUCAAUUUGCUAAUAAUUCGUUGUAGAAAUCUUCCUCCCUUCCUAUAUGGAAUCUGACUUCGAAUCACUCGAACGAAAGCGCGACCCUGUCCAUGAGAUUCGAUUGAGUGACGAGGAAGUCAAACAAAUGUUUCCCCAAUAGAAUGUGUAGAUGUCAUCAAGUUUGUGGACGUUGAUAUAAAUUGAUGGGUACUGGUUUACACAUUCUGGCGCAGCGGAUUUGAACAUAAUAAUGCAAUUUUACGGAUAAAGGGGGUACGUUUAUUAUAGGUAGCCUGGUCAGCGACUGCGAUGAAAUAUAUGUUUUGGCAACUGGUGGUAUUAGUUUUGUUGGGAAAUAUCAGGAGUUUGGAUUACAAUCAUUGGGAUGUGGCUAUUUGGUCUACUGAACUAGGCGUCUCUCUUUUUACAACAGAUUCCCCUGUCAAUUCAAGUUUUUCUCUUUGCUUCAA